CGCAUUACGCACCUCUUCGCUUUUCCUGGUCGAUGAUAAACUAUAUAUAUAUUUUAUGCAUUAUUACAUUUGAAUAUUCGACAAAAUUUUCUUCCCCUCAAACCCUAAUAACUUUUAUUUUUCUUAGUUCACAAAAAGAAACUACGAUUCCGUUCGAAAGAGAGAAAUAUUGACGAAGAGAGAUCAAAAGCCAAUUCGAUUCCCUAGCUUGAUCGACCAUUUUUUUAAUUGUUCAGGCGAGAUUUUUGAGAUUGAUUUUUUCGAAAAACGUAGUUAGUAGUAAUGAUGAGAUUCAGGAAAGGGACUAUAGUGGAUGUGCUCGACAGAAGAGAGGAUCCUUCUGGUGUGUGGAGGCCUGCCAAGAUUAUCUCUGGCAAUGGACACUAUUAUAGUGUUAGGUAUGAUUGUUCCAUAGGAAUGAAAGACAAGCCUAUUGCAGGGAAGGUCUCGAGGAAGGCCAUCAGGCCCAGGCCUUGUCCUCCACCUGUUGAUGGAAGGAGGGGUUGGGUGGCUGGAGACUUAGUGGAGGUGUAUGAUGACUGUGCUUGGAAAGCUGCCAGAAUUUUGAAGGGUGUGGGUGGAAAUUGUUAUGAAAUUAGGCAACUGAGCUCUUUGAAAGAAUUCCGAGUCCACAAAGUUAACAUCAGGGAUCGUCAGCUGUGGCAGGAUGAGAAAUGGAUUGUCAGAAAGGGCCUUGGCAGCUGCAGAAAUGUGAAAGCCAGAAAAACAGCAACUGAAAGUGAAAAUUCUUUCCAGAAAAUCGCCUUCCCACUGCAGCAAGCCAAUCCCAACGCAAAUGUACAGCCAAGAUAUACUGGUGCUGCUGCUUUAGACAACCCUGGUUGCCAAGAAUCUCACAUUGUCUCCGCUAGAACAAUGAAGAGAGCAUAUCCAUUUUCUUCCUCCCAUGUUGACACAGAAGGUGGGAAACCAAAUUGUUUCCUUCAUUGUUUUUGUGCAAGAAGCUCAGAAUGUAAUGAUUCUGAUGCCGAUGACUGCUCAGUUGGUAGUUGUAGUGUUAUAAGUUACAAUUCAUGUAAGCUGUCAGGUCGUACUUUAGCUGGCCUUAGUCAAGAUUCAGAUACCCUGAGUAGUGAUGCAGAAUCAUUUUGUGGCCGUGAGGAGGAAGAAAAAUGCUCUCAUCCUUUGCGAGAGGGUGUGGAAGCAACAAUUCAUAGGGCCAAAGUUGGAGGCAUGCAUGUCUUGCUUCCAAAAGAUCUAAACAUGAAGCUGGGUUGGCUAUUUUUUCCCUGGUGUUAUAAGUGGGCAUGGCUGAGUUCAAUUUUCUACCGGCGAUACGAUGGUCAGCAACUGGUAUCAUUAUUACUCUUGUUUGCUGCGAUAUCUUAUUUGAGCUUUGCUCGGACCAUGGGUACGUCUUCUCGAAAAAAAAAAAAGCAAAACUAGAACUAUGGAAAAGCUAUUGUGAGUAUCCUGAAAUGAAAGGUGUUUUCAAGUUUAUAUUCACAUCAAUUGGUAAUUCUUCCUCAAUUUCUGCUUUUUGCCUUUUUUAAUUGCAUAAAUAAUAUGUUGUUUCUGCAGCAGAUUAGAUUGCGUCCAAAUUGGAAAAGUGAUUUGAGUUGGAGUGAUCCUAUCUGUUUGGUUGAGGAUCUUCUUUAUUGGCCUUGAGGUUCAUGACACUCUAUAUUGGUCCUUAACUUAUAUGCAAUUUUCAAUUUCGUUUUUAACUUUCAAAAUUUUAGGGAUGAAUACUGAACAACCCCACAUUACCCACAAAAGUACAAAACCCCUUUCAUGCAAAAAAAUUCAAAACUUGUAAUUAAGUCCUUGACCUUAUUGUAGAAUGUACUCAAUCAUCAACUUCAUUAGCUUCAUUUUCUUCUCCUUCAUCUAUCUCUUACCCUUCUUACCCUCUACUGGACUUCACCUCUCUUUGCUCUCUUUAUUUUCACUCUCUUCCUUAACAUUGUGUGCAAUGCAUUCUGAGUAAAAAAUGCGAUAUUCUUUUCUUUGCUUUAUUGAUUCAUUUCCCACUUCCCUCAUGUAAUUUACUGGUGAUUUUACCUCAAUCAUGAUUUCUAUAUUUCAUACUUGUUUGUGGAAAUGUUAAGCAUCAGAAAAGAAAUACAUCCAAUUAAAGGCUAACUUAAAUUAUCUUAGGCUACUUUUGAUUUGCAAAUAUUGUGAUGGGAUUGAGAUUCUCAUUGUCACUGAAAUCGGUAUGAUUUUAGGUUCAAGUAGAACAGUUGAGGGAAUUGGGAUUUCUUAUAUUCUAAUCUAUGAAGAAAAGAAAAGAAAUGCAAAUCCUAAUAUGAUAUUCGCAUUGGGAUUGCUUUUUUUUUCCCAGACAGAGGAGUUGGGAUUACCUUUAACUGAAUUCUCAUGCACAUCGCAAUACUUGCGAACCAAAAGUAGCCUAGUGUAACCAAAAGUUGCCUUAGUGUUGGGGAGCACUACUGCUUCAAGUGGUCAAACUCCUGAUUACAUUGCCUUAGUAGUGGAGCCUUCAAUCAGGCAAGGCAUGACCGAAGGUAUGAUCACGUAAAACUAAACCCCAUUCAUAGCGAUAAAUGGGAAUUGUUAAUGUUACCAGUGGUAACUUCAACAUUUUGUUCUGAUUGGUGAGAUGAGGACAAAGCGGAUCCGAGAGAAGAAAAGUAAUAGAGAGAAGGUGAGAGUCCAUGGGAGAGAAGGUGGGGGAGAUAGGUGAGGGAAGAAAGGGGAAGACAAAGAAGUUUCCAAGCAGGCAUAUCAUGCUUAUAUAAAUUGAAACUUUCAUGUAAGUUUUUGUGUUUCUUUGUAGGGUAAUUUAAAAUAGGGGAAAAAGUCUGUCGGCAUCAAAACUGAAAGUUUUCAAGUGCCACAUCUUAUGUAGAAGAAAGAAGACUCAUCUUUUUUAUUCGAUAUUAGUGAGCUUUUAGAGUACUCGAACAGUGAUACUGCUAGUUAAAAAUAUUAUCUGUGUUUUUUUUGCAUAGGAUCUAGUAUGAUUCCUGAUUUGAUUGCUAGGAUAUACCAUUAUAUUUAUCGCUUUUGUUGUCCUUUUUCCUGAGGUAUCGUGGAUGACUAUAAAUGAGAAAUAUGUAAAUGAAAUUUUGUUGACAGAAAAGUUUUUGGCAGCAGAAAAGCAUGCUUUUGGUUAACGGAUUUGGUCGAGUUGAAAUUUUUCUGUGGAUGUCUCUUUCUGGUUCCAGUUAGGAGGAUAUACUAUAUUAGCGAAGAUUGCUCAGCAUUUCUAAGUACAAAUUUUCUCAAUGGAGUUCGAGGUUAUUUUCUCGUGGAUCAUUAAUUCUAGCUGGACUGCAAAUCAUGGCAUUUCAUAUUUUUACUGUCUUUUCGCUGCAUUUAAGGUGAUGGAUAUUUAUUCUCGAACGAUCGUGCUGGUGAGAACAUGUAAUAAUUGUGUGAGUUGGUCAAUUUGCAAUGGUGUGGUUGAGGAAAUUAAUAUUUCCAUUAUGUUGUUAUUUCUUAUGAAGGUUUAUGUGGUUUUUUCAUAAUUAUGUUUCAGAAUAAUUAUGCUGUCACCGGGCAUUUCUAACUGUGUCUUUUGAUUUUGGGUCGGAAUUGAAAGUAAGGAUGCCUACUUCUGAGAGUGUAUGACUGAGUUCCUGACCAACUGCGCUAGGAUGUCAUUCAAGCACUCAUGUCACCUUUGUUUACGCUCCAGAUUGAAAAAUGUUUAUAACAUUUAGUUAGUUAACGUGACAUACUUUUGUCAACAGGUCUUCCCGUGAUCAUGAUGCCAGUUUGAUGCACCUGGUUCUAAAGCUCGUGACUACCCUACAAGAGUCUGAGUCUGUGGGAGGGUGCUUUCCUGGAAACACAUAUCUUGGAGCUGAUAGGUAUGUAUUUUUAAGUCUUUGGGCUCUGAUAGAUACUUGAAGCAACCUGAUUUAAUUCUCCACAAGGGAGCACCGUUCUGAUAAUCAUGGCUAUUCUCCACAAGAGGGAAUAUAGGGUGGAAUAAGUUUGAGAUUUCACCCUCCCAAAAUCUCAGGGAAUGUAUGAUUCUUACCCUCGUCCCACCCUCUAAAUGCCUGUCAUUUCUCGUGCAGUUUGAAUGAAAUUUAACACUCACCCCCGACUGUAGCGACGCAUCAAUCAAUGACGUAUAUACAACAAUUAUUUAUGUUGCAAAUU